CCCGUCCCUAAGUCGGCUCGUCACCGCCGCGAGGCCAAUGGGCUGGGCCGCUCGGCCGCGCGCACUCGCACCCGCUGCUCCCGAGGCCCUCCCGCGCUCACCCCGGCGCUGCUCUCCGGCCCUCGUCCAGCGCGCAGCCGUCGGAGCCGCCAUGCAGUCCCCGCGCGCCGCGCUCCUCUCGUUGCUGCUGCUGCUGCUGGCGGCGCCCGCCUCGGCGUUGCCGCCCCGGACCGGCCGAUCGGCGCCCGCGGCCACCGGCCCCGCCGCCAGCUGCCCCGAGCGGUGCGAGCUGGCGCGCUGCGCUCCGCCACCGACCGACUGCGAGGGCGGCCGCGUCCGCGACGCGUGCGGCUGCUGCGAGGUGUGCGGCGCGCCCGAGGGCGCAGCGUGCGGCCUGCAGGAGGGUCCGUGCGGCGAGGGGCUGCAGUGCGUGGUGUCCUUCGGGAUACCCGCCUCGGCCACCGUGCGGCGGCGCGCCCAGGCCGGCGUCUGCGUGUGCGCCAGCAACGAGCCGGUGUGCGGCAGCGACGCCAACACCUACGCCAACCCGUGCCAGUUGCGGGCCGCCAGCCGCCGCUCCGAGAGGCUGCGCCAGCCGCCGGUCAUCGUCCUGCAGCGCGGUGCCUGCGGCCAAGGGCAGGAAGAUCCCAACAGUUUACGCCAUAAAUAUAACUUUAUUGCUGACGUGGUGGAGAAGAUCGCUCCUGCCGUGGUUCACAUCGAGUUGUUUCGAAAGCUUCCUUUUUCUAAGAGGGAGGUGCCCGUGGCUAGUGGGUCCGGGUUUAUCGUGUCAGAAGAUGGAUUGAUUGUGACAAAUGCUCAUGUGGUGACCAACAAGCACCGUGUCAAGGUUGAACUGAAGAACGGAGCCACCUAUGAAGCCAAAAUCAAGGAUGUGGAUGAAAAGGCAGACAUUGCACUUAUCAAAAUUGACCACCAGGGAAAGCUGCCUGUCCUGCUGCUCGGCCGUUCCUCAGAGCUGCGGCCUGGAGAGUUCGUGGUUGCCAUCGGAAGUCCCUUUUCCCUCCAGAACACAGUCACCACGGGGAUUGUCAGCACCACCCAGAGAGGUGGCAAAGAGCUUGGGCUCCGGAAUUCGGACAUGGACUACAUCCAGACAGACGCCAUCAUCAAUUAUGGAAACUCCGGAGGCCCGUUAGUGAAUUUGGAUGGUGAGGUGAUUGGAAUCAAUACCCUGAAGGUGACAGCAGGCAUCUCCUUUGCCAUCCCAUCUGAUAAGAUCAAAAAGUUUCUCACCGAGUCCCACGACCGACAGGCCAAAGGGAAAGCCAUUACCAAGAAGAAGUAUAUAGGCAUCCGAAUGAUGUCACUCACAUCCAGCAAAGCCAAAGAGCUGAAGGACCGCCACCGAGACUUCCCAGAUGUCCUUUCAGGAGCGUAUAUCAUUGAAGUAAUUCCUGACACCCCAGCAGAAGUUGGUGGUCUCAAGGAAAAUGACGUCAUAAUCAGCAUCAACGGACAGUCGGUGGUCUCCGCCAAUGAUGUUAGCGACGUCAUCAAAAAGGAAAAUAUCCUGAACAUGGUUGUCCGCAGGGGCAAUGAAGAUAUUAUGAUUACAGUGAUUCCAGAAGAAGUCGACCCAUAGGCAAAGGCAGGAGCUGGACUUCAUGUUUCCCUCAAAGCCUCUCCAGUGGAUGACUCACAAGGACUCUGGGCCAGUGGGACACGGAGGACUUUUGACCGCCAUUCUUCUUGUUUGGUGGAAAUGCCCUGGCCUACAGAAUCCUUCUUGAUAGUUUGCAGGCAAAACAAAUGUUAGUGUUGCAGGUGUGCAAGCAGAAGCUCGCCCUCUGUAGCCUAUGUAUGCAGCGUGCUUUUUCUUGCCAGCUUGGGCUGUUCCUGCUUAGACAGUCAACAUUUGUCUCUUCCUUUAACAGAGUUGUCAUCUUAGCCCAACUAAUGUGGUUGACACAAUGCAUAGAUAAGAGGAAGGCCCCUGGGAACCAGAAUGGUCCUGAGUCUGUUGACACUUUCCUCUGAGUCAGCACCCAGAUGAGGUCUACGCACGGAGACCAUGGGUGGGGAACGCUGGCUUCCAAGAUGGCCAAAGUUGCCUCUUUUAGGAAUCUCUUCCGAACUGGGAGCACGAUGACUUUGAAUUUGAGCUAUUAAAGUACUUCUU